AUAAAGCGUAUUAGAUAAGGCCAUAAGGGCUGGGAGGAUUAUUGUAAUCCAGUCCCUUCACCACUGGGGUGGUCCACCAGUCAAACACGAAGCAAAAUGGAGCACAGUAGCCUGCAUGCUCUCCUCCUCACUCUGCUGCUGAUUGGUGAAGCUCGAAUCGGAGUUCAUUCUCAGCAGGGCGGUGAAGACAACGAAAGCUGGACGAAAGCUUGCAAGUGUGACUGUGACGGAGGGGAGUCACCCACCGAGUUCACCUCCAUCACCACUGGCACGAGCUGGAGCCGUGGACUGGAGUGCAUGCCAGAAUGCCCAUAUCACAGGCCUCUGGGCUUUGAGGCUGGAGCGGUCACUCCAGAUCAGAUCAGCUGCUCUAAUGAAGACCAGUACACGGGCUGGUUCUCCUCCUGGACCCCCAACAAGGCCAGACUCAACAACCAGGGAUUUGGGUGUGCCUGGUUGUCUAAGUACCAGGACACCAACCAGUGGCUGCAGAUUGACCUCAAAGAGGCGAGGGUGGUGUCCGGCAUCCUGACCCAAGGGCGCUGCGAUGCAGAUGAGUGGAUUACCAAGUACAGCGUUCAGUACCGCACCAAUGAGAACCUCAACUGGAUCUACUACAAAGACCAGACUGGCAACAACAGGGUGUUUUACGGGAACUCUGACCGCUCGUCCUCAGUUCAGAACCUGCUCCGCCCGCCCAUCGUGGCCCGCUACAUCCGCAUCAUACCUCUGGGCUGGCACACCCGCAUUGCCAUCCGCAUGGAACUGCUGCUCUGCAUGAACAAAUGCACCUGAGGCGAAGUUUGGCCUGUGACGAUGCACCUAGCCCUUUAACCACUCAAAGCUCCCUUUUCCUCACCAGCACCACCCAAGUGUCUGUGCUGCAAAAGAAAAAUACUGCCCCCAAAUUUUUUAAAAUGACUUUAGUUGUAUUAAACCUAUUACUUCCUCAUCUUUUUAGGAGGCACAUCCCAGGGUCUUUACUUGUUAACAUGCUUAAGUUUAAAACUUAUUUGAAAUGAAUAUAUAAUAAAGGGGUUCUGAAAUAGUCUGGAGUUACACUUUCUGGUAAAUUUAGCUCCAACUCACCAGGUGUGUCCUUGAAUAAACUCCCCAGUGCACAAGAUGACCAGGACCAGACCCUGACACUCACACCUAAGCACUAGGUCUACAGCAAGAUGGUUGCAACCUGAGAAAAGAGUAGGUAGAAAGGCUGAAGAGAGUUGAGGAGGUAUUAUUGACUGGUAGCAAUUAGUUUAAUGUCUUGUUACUGUUUUGUUUGUAUGCAUAUGUGCAUGGCCAUGUCUUUGUGGCAACUAAAUUUCCCCCAGUAUGAUGGGAAAAUGUGGACAUUUUGACUGUCACUAGAGUUACAGAUGAAACAUUUGGGUGGUUCCCAUAAGGAAAAUGAAUGAAAAUUAAUAUGAAUAAAAAUGCAGCAUUUAGCCAGAAGGUUUAAUUUUGGUUACUGUGGUUAAAGGGGCAUUCUGGCCUAAAAAUAGUUUAAUAUGUUAUUUGUAGUGUUAUACAGUAUUUUAUAGAUCUGUCAUGAACUUUACAUCAGGUUUUCAUGUUUUCGUUCAUCAGUGUUCUCUCACUACAAUACCCAGCAUGCGUUACAACCAUUUUGGCAUCAACCAGCCCUGACUACUAGCCUAGCCGCUGAGCUAUAGGCUAAUAAGUACAACCAAGGCUAUUAAUAUAAGCUAAUAAAUAGCAUUGCUGUAACUCUUACCUCAGUCAUCAAAUAAAAUUGUGAAAAAAAAAAACAGUCACCACAAAAUGAACACCAGAGGCAAGUUUUUUUAAUGCUUUAAGCCAGACAAAAUAAGCUAAACUGAAGUUAAAGUUAGACAGCCAGGUAGCUACAUAGCUAACUUUAGCUUUUAGCUUGUUGUCCUCCUCGUAUGACUAUAGUAAUUUCUAUUGUUUAGUAAUAUAUUAACUCCAUUAUAAUGAUACUUUGAAGAGUAAGCUACUUCAGUUACCAAGCUGCAAGAUACUCAGCUUCCCAGCAAUAUCAGUUAAAAAUAUAUGUUACAUUUCUAAACAACCCUGAAAAAUCUACCCCAAAGCUGUUGUUACUUCAAAGCUCCAUUAAGCACCACUCCCAGCUUUAAAAUCAUCAGAAGUGGUUUACUUGGUCUUUAAACUGGAAAAUCCUACAAGCAAAUAUGCUUACAACAGAUGUGAGAUGCUUUCACCCUUCAAGGGCUGGGUUAGGUUAGAUUAGGUGUGACACUGAAACAUCAACACAGUAAUGACUGUGUAAAUUUAAAUACCCCAAAAACAGGAAUAUAAACAUGCAUUGACUCGUGGUUUGGUGAAGUAAGAGGGGGCCUGUCAGCCACAGUUAUUAAACUAUGCUCACGUUAAAAUUACACAGUGCCAAGCUGAGCACCGCUGAGCCCAUCAAAUCAACACACAACUUGGCUAAUGGCUUAUUAGCCUGUUUACUGCUACAAAAGGGAAGAGACUAUCUCUCUUCAGUGCCUGAAGAGGUCUGAUCAACAUGUAGCUAGGAGAUGUAGUACAUGUGCUAAUGUCCAACUAAUUUAAUGUCAAGUUAACAGAACCCAGGAUUUUCACUGCUAAUAGCUUUCCAAGUGAAAUACAAGUCACCCACCCCUGUACCUGCCAAUGUAUCAUGUUGAACCUUAGGUAUUUGUGUUCUCCUCAUAUACUAAUUGUGCCCUUGAAUAAAGUAAGUGAAUUUUAA